AUGCGGUUCAGUAAAAUUCUCAACAUCACAAUCGAAGACCAUGAGCAAGGUACAGCCCAAAAGAUCAUGGAGGCGAUGAAACCGGUGGACGAACCAAGCAAGACAGUCUUCGAAUCGCACGAGGCAACCAUCAUCGUCGACCCCGAAGAGCUCAACCAGCCGAGAAACAGAAUCGAAGAACUCGAAGCCCAGCAGCAAACACUGAUUGACGAGAAGAGUACGCUCCAGGCAGAGAAACUAGCACUGGGAGUUGCGGGUUUGGCAGCGCUGGGUAAAGCCGAGUCUUGCGAAAAUGGAGAGGCAUCGUUAUUCUCAUCCCCUGGCUAUCAUAUUUACCAUGCUGUUUAG